UUAUAAUUUAUAACUAACUAAUAACUUUUCAUUAGGUAUAGACGUAUAGUGUAAAAUGUUUUGAGCGCAAUUGGUCUAUUGACCCUAAAAUGUAUAAAGCGCAAUUGGAAAAGGUAAUUUCAAGCGCAAUUAUUGGUAAACUCCCGGGUAAACGAGUUGGUCGCGCCUGCUUAAUUCAAGCAACCCGCUGCCAAUCAUCACUCCUCGUACCGUAGCCCGUGGUUACCGCUCUUAUAUGCACACACCACCACUAUGACACGACAACGCCGCCAGGUAAAUUAUCGUUGUCAUUAUGUAUGGUUACAUCGUACCACCUGUAGUCCGACAAAAACCCCGAGCCGGAGUCGACGUGCGAUCGCCGUUGUCCGCAGGUCUUUCGGGGACGUUUUGCAUUUAUUUUAGUAUAAAACAUUUAGUGGUCUCGUGUUCGCGGUCCAUCGCCUUUAUCCGGGAGAGUGAUCGAGUUGAGAGGUCGUCGAUUAUCGGACAUUCUCAUGCAUCGAUAAAUUUAAUAUUGUCGCGUACCUAUGUAUAAUUAGGCAUACUCGCCAAUAAAUACUUGUAUACGGUUAUACCUCUAGAUAACGUUCGCAAUUUAUCUACCUUAAAUCGAUUUUGGUUUCGAAAAUCCACCGAUGUCAAGACUGUCGUCUGUCUAUUCAAUCCGGAUGCUGGACUUUUUGGCGACGUGUUUAUUUUAGUCUUGCGGUAUAAUUAACCACAAAUACAAAACCGAGAAGUGAGUCAAUGCGCAGCGAUGACUUCGGAAAACGUAAAAGUCAUUGCGAGGUGUCGGCCGAUGAACACGAGGGAACGGGCGUUAAAUAGUAAGAACGUAGUGUUUAUAGACUCGGAGAAAUGCACUUGUUCGAUCGUCAAUCCCACAGACGGUUCGGCCCCGCCGAAAACGUUUACUUUCGAUGGCGUUUACGGGCCAGAUUCAAACACAGAGCAGAUAUACAACGACAUCGCUUAUCCUUUUGUGGAAGGCAUCUUAGAAGGUUACAACUGUACGGUGUUCGCGUACGGACAAACUGGAUGUGGUAAGAGUUUCUCGAUGCAGGGUGUAGACUCACCGCCGAACCAACGUGGUAUCAUACCCAGAGCCUUUGAACACGUCUUCGAGGCAAUAUCCGUGACGGAUGACGUAAAGUUUCUGGUGCUCGCCUCGUACAUUGAGAUCUACAACGAGGAAGUGAGAGACCUGUUGAGCACAGACACCAAACGGAGACUUGAAUUGAAGGAAAAUCCGGAGAGGGGAGUCUACGUACACGAGUUAUCACAUCACGCCGUGCAAGAUGUCACCGAGUGUCAAAAGCUCAUGGAACAGGGUUGGAGGAAUAGAGCAACCGGAGCCACAAUGAUGAACGCAGACUCUUCCAGGAGCCAUUCGAUUUUCACCAUAUCCGUGGAAAUGAUGUCAACUUCGCAGGACGUGGACGACAUAAAGUCGAUAAAACGAGGGAAACUGAGUCUAGUUGACUUGGCGGGUAGCGAACGUCAGGCGAAAACUGGUGCUUCGGGUGACCGGCUCAGGGAAGCCACAAAAAUCAAUCUCUCUUUGUCGGCUUUGGGCAACGUGAUAUCAGCCCUGGUGGACGGAAAAGCGAAACACAUACCAUACAGGGAUUCAAAACUCACCCGACUACUACAGGAUUCUCUCGGGGGAAAUACGAAAACACUGAUGGUCGCUUGCCUGUCGCCCGCCGACAAUAACUACGACGAGACCUUGUCGACACUGAGGUACGCUAAUCGCGCCAAAAACAUAUACAACGAACCACACGUGAACGAAGAUCCCAAAGACACGAUGCUGCGCCAGUAUCAAGAACAGAUCAAAAAACUCAAAGAACUGCUGGAAGCGUCCACUGCUCAGUUGCCCACGAAUGAUAUUUCCGAAAAGGAAAAAUUACGGCAGGAGUAUCAAGAUGAAAUGGGCAAGCUAAGGGAAAAAUACCAAGAAGAAUAUAAUUCCAAGUGUCAGAUGCAAGCAGAUUUGAAAACGUUGAAAGAGAAGUAUGACAAAAACUUGGCAAAGAUCUCAAAUCAAAACGACAGCAAUUGCAGGACGUCAUCUCCGCAACAGAUCGUAGAAAAAGCGUUGAAGAGCAAUCGAGUGGAAUUAAACUCGUCGCAACAGGAAAUACUGAAAAGGUUGAAGAAACUCCAAGAGAGUAUGGUCGGUGGGGAGCGGGUCAACGACAGAGAGCUCCAGGAACGUCGAUCGCGCAAAAAGAAAGCAGCCGAGAGGCGAUUGAACGCUUUGGCGAGGGCGCUGGCCACCGUCGAGACCGAAGACGGACCGAACUUGGUGUUGGGCGUGUACGACGACAUACAGGAAGAGCUGAGGGCUAAGAACGAGGCGCUGAAGAAGUAUAGACAAAAACUAAAAGCGUCGGACCGAGAGGUGGCGGACAUCCAGAGUGAAUUCGAAAACGAGCGAACAGAUUACCUGGAAACAAUCAGGAAACAGGAGCGACAGAUCAAAUUGCAGAGUCAAAUCUUAGAAAAAAUAGUGCCAACGCUGUCUAAAGAAUGCAAUUACAGCAACUUGGAGAGGUUGAAAGAAGACGCGGAAUGGGAGGACGACACGCAGAGUUGGAAACUGCCAGACCUGACAAGGAUAAAACUGCCUCCGGCUUCGGGCACGUUAACACAGCCCGCCAACGGAUCGGCGGCGUUUAGCACGUUCGAAAACAGCCGGAGGAAGAUGUCGCUGGGCAUAUUCAACACGCUGGCCGGUCUGUCGUUCGACAAGUCUUCCAGUUCAGACAGCAGUCGGCGGUCGUCGUCGCCGGAAGUGCCCGUCUAUGAUCAGAAAUAUCAGAAAUCGGCUGAAGACGAUUUUGCCGGCAAUUACUUUAAACCAAAACGAGCUACCGAGUUGCUGAUACAAUCCCACGGAGAGUCUGGUAGACCGUUUCAUAAAUGGAAAGGUAUACCUAGCUACCUAUAUUGCGUUAUUAGAAAAAAGUGGAAUAUUAUUAGGAUAAAUAAGAGAACGCUAGGCAAGAAGUUAGUCUUCUUUUAAGACUCGUUAAAGUUAGUUUACUUAUAAAAACAAACAAAGUCGGAUGAUAAAUUGGUGUCUGAAAUUUACCGUGGACAUUUAUUCGGAAAUAGGUUUCUGAAUAAGAGUUCAAAAUUAGUUUUUUUCAAUAGUUUAAAACUUUAAAACACAAAUUUAUUAAAACCCGUUCUUCCAAAUGUAUCUAUUACAUAUUUUUAUUGAUAAUUAUCUAGCUGAAAUUAUUGAUGAUGAAAGAUGAUUGAUUGAU